UCUCCACAGGGUGUUGAUGGAGAGCCAUUCGAAUGACAGCCGGGACAGUGGUCAUCACUGGCGGAAUUCUAGCGACAGUUAUAUUACUCCUUAUCAUCGCAGUACUGUGCUACUGUAGGCUGCAGUAUUAUUGCUGCAAGAAGGAAGAGUCCGAGUCGGAGGAGGAGGAGCCAGACUUUGCAGUUACCUCCCGCCUCCCGCCAGUCCACUCCAAUCAUAACAUUGUGGCGGCAACGGCCGCCGCCUCCUCCAUCCCAAAUGGCCCCGCCCUUUUCUCCACCCCUCCGCUGGCCAGGAAACUAACACGUUCACAGACCUUCUGUCCAUCCUGUACGCACUAUGAGUUGCCUUUCUACCUCCAGCCCCCUCAGCCGCAGCUACACCAUCAACCAGAUGGAUUGAGGAACGGAGGUGACCGGAUCAGCUACCGCAGCGUCCAGCAGCAGGAUCUGGACCUGCCAGUGCCUGUGAACAUUUCAAACUACCGUAAACCAAACCUCGCCCGGUCGGUAACCAUGAGGGACAUGUUCACACGCAGCUGUAGCAUCAGUACGGAUGUUUAGCUUGGUGAGGCUGGAACUCGGUGUAAGUUUAUGCUUAAAUUAAGUGGGAUGGCCUAGGCCGGACUGGGUUUUUGUCAUCUUGACCAGUUUAGUCCAGUCUAGUAUGGGGUGAUCUAGUCUGGUCUCGUUCUACUGGUCACCUCCUUGCAGAAUGGAGGACUCAGAUGGCUCUCAGGACAGGAUUUUCAAAGGUACUAUGCUCAGGUCCAGGACCUUACACUUGGGCCAAUAUAGAGUUCAAAGUAUUUAAAAAAUGUUAAGUUAUCAAUAACAUGAACUUCUUGGUUUGUUUUGUUUUGAAUAACUCUUUUUUAAUGAUAAGAAUGGAAUUUGUUUUACGAUUUUAAAAUUUUUUGUGUAGCCCUACUUCCUCUGGACUCUACCCAUGUUCUACCCAUGGAUGAAACAUAGACAGAUUCCCGCCAUGUCAAAAUGACAUAAUCAGCAGGGAUUUUCUCUCUGCCAUAGCUGCUACAAACAAAAUAUUAUUAGGAGAAGUCCAGUGUUUCCCUCUCCUGUGAUGGGAUGAUCUGUCUGUUCCUCCAUCUACAGAUUAUAGAGAUUAUAAAAUAUCACCCACCACCAGUGGAGAGACUAGAAGAGGAAGCAGGAUGUCGAGUUUUAGCAGCCACACACAGGCAUUUUACAUAGAUUUAACAUAGGCCAUAAUAUUUUAAAGACAUAAAGGGCUCACAGAAGAAGUAAAUACCUGCUUGUUUUUCCUUUCAUAGAUGCCUCCAGUUUGACGGGAGGCUGGUUUCUCAGAGCAUCUGCUGACAACACAAAGUGUA